AGAUAGUAUCUAUAGUGGUUGUCAUGAAGACAUGAACGAUGUGUGAUAACUCCAAAAAACUUGAAUUACCGAAAGUUUCAAUCCUAUUAAAUAAAAAUUGCUUAUUUUUACAUAUUUUUUUAAUUUAAACAUUUUGAAUUUCGGGUGAAUAGUAACAUGCCAACCGUGUAUACAAGCCAGACAGCUAUUUUAAAUUAAUACGAAUAAAUAAAGGCUGUAAUUAUUUAAUUUGAACGGUUUUUUUUUUAAAAAAUGUUUUAUAAAAAUGUUGUAGUUAUAAAAGUUUUGUAGUUAGAUAAUCAUAAAAAUUGUUAUCUUGUACUCCGUAAGACCCAAAUUUUGAUGUACUUGGAAGCGUUAUGAAUAUUUUAGAUCAAGAGAUAUAACAGCUAAAAUUUGCAAAACUGUUUCUAUUCACACACAAUUACGGUAGGUUUUUACGUAUUAUACGCUUAAAACUCCGCUUCAACUGAAUUCAGAUACUAUACUUUAUUACUUAGAGAUAUCAAAAAUAUUCCCAAAAACAAAAUAUGGAAGAAGAAGAUUUUAAAUUCAAAUAUAAUUCCGAAGAAGAUUUUAAUAGAGCUUACAAAAAAGUCAUUCGCCGUCGACAAAAACAAAUGGAUGAUCAACAUUGGAACAUUUAUAUGGAAUCAAUUAAAGAUACAGACUCUAAAAAAACAUUCACUAUUGAAAAUAAUACCGAAGUUAAACAAAGUGAACACUCAUUUAAUAAAGGCAGUAACAGCCACUUUAGUACAGAUGAUUCAGUAAAUGUACACUCAUUGCAUGAUCCUUCUGAUCUUAAUAAUAUUCAUGGACUUAGAAACCGUUUGUUUAUUACAUUUAAUGAAUUUUCUAAAAUAUUAGAAAAUGCACUUUCACCACCCGUUUUAAAAAGUGCUAAAAAAAAACAAAUUAAAAUUAAAGAAUGUGAUCAACUGCCAAAUAAUUAUAUAUGUGAUCUCAAUUCACUGCUCUCUGAAAUUAAAAAAGAAUCAAAAAAUGAAGACCUGCACGGUAAAAAAAAUAAAAACAAUGUCACAUUAAGAAAAAGCUUUCAAAUUAAGUUAAUUAAAUGCUAUAAAUUAGCAAUCAAUGCCACAAAGGAAUGUUCAAAAACCUUAGAAGCUGGAAUUUAUAACCCUAUCCAAAGUAAAAUGAAAAAUUUAAUCCAAAUUAUAUCAACUCUAUCACUUACUACCGGAAAAUAUAUAUAUGGUGAAUUAUAUAAGAAAAGAAAGAAAGAAAGUUUUGAUUUAGUUCAACAUUGCAAAGAUUUAGAUAAUAUGUUGGAGGAAUCUGGUUAUAAAGACACGGACAAUGACAAUCAUAGUAAUAAUAUGGAUAACAAUAUACUGAAAGAGCUUUCUAAGAUAGCUUUAAGUAAACCUGCUAAAACCCAAUCGUUUUCGGUCAACUCAAAUCGAUUAAGUAUGUAUAGUCAAGAUAAACCGAAAUUGGGAUCGUAUUAUGCUCAGGGAUGGUCAAAAAAAUCAUUUGAAUUAACAAGAAAUAAAGUUUUAUCAAAAAAAGACAAUAUAAAAACUGAAAAUAAUUUAGACGAUGUCAAAACUGUAAUGGAAGAAUAUCCCUUCGGAGAAUUGAAUGAAACAAACAAUAAAUUGUUUAUUAAAGAGAUACAAGAUGAAAAAUUAAUUGAUACUAAUGAAGCAAUUAAAUUUCCAACUGCUUCAAAAGUAUUAAAGUCAGAUAACAGUAAAAGGUCAGAAAAAAGUAACGUUGGCCUAUACUAUGUGAGACAUAACCCUUGGAAAAAUUUUCCUAUUAAAAAUAUAAGGCUCUCUAAGGAUAAUGAACGAAUUCUUUUAAAUAUAUCUCAGAAAGACGUAGAGGAAGCUCAUUCAGAUCGAAGAAAAUUUAAAGAAUAUAAAUUAAGAACAGAACGUGAUGAUAGUAUUGUUUCCAAGAUUACAGAAUUAGUUUUACAAGACCUCGUGAAUGAAGUGUUAACAAAAAUAUUUGAUGCAAUAAUAUUUGAAACAAUAAGAAGGGAAUUCAUUGAAUAAAAUAUGUAUAUUUUAUUCAAUGAAUUCCCUUUUUAUUAAUUGUAAUACAUUGUAUUGUAUAAAGUUGUUAUUUCUUUGUUAUCUUUCGGCUCAAUAAAAAUAAAAAUGAUGUUAUUAUAAACUAAA